AUGAAAACAUUAACGAUGGCCGAAAUCAGUCAAAACCCUUUCCAAGACGACCUCAAAGGCCUUGACCGUCUGCGCCAAAAACUCCGUCCCGCCCUCCUCUACGUUGUAUCUUUUGCCCAAUUCUUUGACAUUGUCAAUGGCGCCUCCGUCUCCGUCGCCAUCCUGCCCAUCGCCCAAGACCUCCAUUUCACCGUCCCACAAGUCCUUUGGAUCCUGAACGCGUAUACGAUCUCCUUUGCUGGUCUCUUGCUCGUCUCAGGUCGUCUUGGUGAUCUCUUUGGUCAUCGCCGGAUGUUUAUGUUUGGUCUUUUCUGGUUCGCGCUUUGGGCUCUGGUCGUCUCCUUCUCGACUUCGCCAAUCAUGUUUAUCCUUGCCCGCGCGCUUCAGGGUAUGGGUGCUGCUGCGACCGUUCCUACCGCCAUGGCUCUGAUCGCGACAACUUACCCUGCCGGACCGGAACGUACCAAAGCCUUCUCGAUCUUUGGUGCUUUUGGUGGACUCGGCGCCGUUGUUGGUAUCCUCAUGGCCGGUGGAUUGAUUGCUAGUAUCGGAUGGGUCUGGAUCUUCCGCAUCUCGGCUAUUGCUGCCCUGAUCCUGCUGGCGUUGAGUUUCAUUGUAAUCCCCGUUCUCCCUGCCAAGACUGAGAAGCCCAAAGUCGACUACCUCGGUGCCAUUACUGCCACCACUGGUGUCACGGGCAUUGUCUACUACAUCAUCACUGGUGUCGAGUACGGCUGGGGCAACGCCAAAACUAUCCCCAUCUUUGUCGUCGCCCUCGCUCUCAUCGCCCUGUUCAUCUUCAUCGAAUCUCGCGUCCAGUCUCCAUUAAUGCCCCUUCGCAUCUGGAAGCUCAAGUCCUUCACCACCUCUGUCAUCCUCGCGUUCGUCUCCAUGGCCAAGUUCCAGGGCAUCAUUUACUACGCCAACAUGACCUUCCAAGAAGUCUACGAGUGGAGCCCCCUCAAGACCGCCCUCGGCUUCCUAGUCCACGCCCUCCUUGCUGUCGUUUCCUUUACAGUCCUAGGCCGCAUGCUUCCCCGCCUCUCUCUCAAGCCACUCAUCCUCGUCGGCUUCCUCCUCCGCUCUGGAUCCGCACUGAUGUUCGCCUUUGUCAAUGAAGACACUAGUUACUGGGCCCUCCCCUUCCCCGCAUUCAUCAUCCAUAUCCUUGGAGUUGGUCUCUCCCUCCUCCCCAUCCAGAUCACAGCCGUCCGUGACGCCGAAAACAAGGACCAAGGACUCGUUGGCGCGCUCUACAACACCGGUCUUCAACUCGGCGCACCCUUUGGACUUGCAAUCCUGAACGUCAUUGCCAUCUCGACCAACGGAAACAUUGACGGUGCUGUUCGUGGUGGACCCGCUCUGGCUAAGGGAUUCCAUAACGCCUUCUUUGCCAUGGUCGCCAUGGGUCUCUUUGGAUUCUUCCUCUCCCUCGUCAUCCUCCCUUGGGACAAGCCCGUCCGUCCUGCUACUGUCCACAAGAACGUCUCGACUCCUUCCCUGGCCUCGACCGCUGUUCCAGCCCACAGUGCCAGCACGAUUGAACCCAAGGACCUUGAAGAGGUUGUGUCCUCGUCCGAAGUUAUUGGCAAGCCCUUCUCGGCAGGCAAUGACAUUGAUGCCAGCACGAUUGGUAGCCAUUCCGAGAAGAUUGACAGAGCCGAUGAUCUUGAGAAGGGCCGCGUUUAA